UGGUUAGGAGGUACAGUCCCGGAAGUAGUGCAGUUCUGCAGGCUUCGGUCAUCCUCCAUUUUGUGGAUACAGCAGCUGCUGAAAAAAACAUAUAUACACAAAAAAGGGUGACGGGAUUUUUUUGUUUUUACGUUUGGCGCCACCGGGAAGCGAGCAGGGACGAAAACCAUGAGCACGCUGAACGUGAAAAAGCUGAAAGUGAACGAGCUGAAAGAGGAGCUGCAGCGUCGGGGCCUGGACACUCGGGGCCUGAAGGCGGAUUUAGCGGACAGGCUGCAGGCGGCGCUGGAUGCCGAGGCCGUCGGUGCAGCAGCAGAGGAGGAGGAAGAAGAAGAAGAAUCAGUAGGACUAGCAGCAGCAGCAGCAAAAGAAGAAGAAGCAGAAGAAGAAGAAAAAGAAGCGGCAACAACACGGGAAGAGGAGAACGUGGGUGGAGAAUUAGUCUCUGAUGUAUCAGGCAACGGAGAAGCGGAUGUGCCCGAGUGUGAUGAUGGGAACAGUGAUGAUCAGAAUCAGGAAAAAGAGUCGAACGAUGAGGGAGAUGUCAGUAACGAGAACAGCUCCACUGGUUUUGGAUCGAACAACUUUGCCUCAGAUGACUCAGACCCACCAAAGCAAGACCUCGGGGAGCAGAUAGAGCAAGGAUAUGACGAGCGUCAAAAAGAAGCAGAUUGCAGCUCUGAAGAGCCAGCUCAGGAACCUGAGGUGAAGCAGGAGCACAAAGAACCAGAAGCAAAUCAGGAGCCGUCCGAGGAAGUUCCUGAGCAGCCAGAAGUCCAUGAGGCAAAAAUGGAACAGUCUGAGCAGCCGGUGGUCAGUGUAGAAGAAUCAAAAGCCAAAGAGGAGACAAAGCAGGAGGCUAUGGAUGAAGCACCACAACAGGAAGAUGCAGCAAAUGAAUGGCCUCCUGUGGAAGGUGACCAGGCAGCGCAGGUCAAAAAGGAAGAUGACCAGCAGACAUCACACAGCCGCAAAAGACCCUACGACGACGGCCGUGCAUACGGGUACUAUGAGCAUCGUGAGGACAGGAGGGGACGAUCACCGCAGCCCCCAGCUGAGGAAGAGGAGGAAGACUUUGAUGAAAACCUUGUUGCUAUUGACACCUAUAAUUGUGACCUGCAUUUCAAGGUGUCUCGAGAUCGGUACAGUGGAUACCCACUUACUAUCGAGGGGUUUGCAUGCCUGUGGGCAGGUGCUCGAGCUACGUACGGUGUAUCCAAAGGACGCAUAUGUUAUGAGAUGAAGAUCAAUGAGGAGAUCUCUGUAAAGCACCUUCCCACCAGUGAGCCCGAUCCCCAUGUGGUGAGAAUUGGGUGGUCUUUGGACUCCUGUAGCACUCAGCUUGGAGAGGAGCCCUUCUCCUAUGGCUAUGGUGGAACUGGAAAGAAAUCCUCUAACUGUAAAUUCGAGGACUAUGGAGAAAAGUUUGGUGAAAAUGAUGUCAUUGGCUGCUACCUGGACUUUGAGAGUGGAGAGCAGGUGGAGAUGGCGUUCUCCAAAAAUGGCAAUUGGUUUGGACCGUGCUACAGCAUCUCUCGUGAGGAGCUGGCCGGUCGCCCUCUUUUCCCACACAUCCUCGUAAAGAACUGUGGCAUCGAGUUCAACUUCGGACAGAAAGAGGAGCCAUAUUUCCCCCCGCCUGAAGGAUACACGUUCAUUCAGGAGUUGGAGUUGCAAGAUAGAACUCGAGGAUCAGUUGGGCCAGCUACCAAAGCAGAUUGCGAGAUCCUUAUGAUGGUUGGACUGCCUGGCAGCGGAAAGACUACUUGGGCCAAUAAGCACGCCAAGGAAAACCCUGAGAAGAAGUUUAAUAUUCUGGGUACCAAUGCCAUAAUGGACAAGAUGAAGGUUAUGGGACUCCGGCGCCAGAGGAACUACGCCGGGCGAUGGGACGUUCUCAUCACGCAGGCCACGCAGUGCCUCAAUCGCCUCAUUCUGAUCGCCGCACGCAAGAAACGCAACUACAUCCUGGACCAGACAAAUGUAUAUGGAUCAGCCCAGAGACGAAAAAUGCGUCCUUUUGAAGGGUUUCAACGCAAGGCUAUUGUAAUUUGUCCCACGGAUGAGGAUUUAAAAGAGCGAACAUUAAAGCGAACUGAUGAGGAAGGGAAGGAUGUACCCGAUCAUGCUGUGUUAGAAAUGAAAGCCAACUACGCGCUCCCUGUUGCCGGCGAGUUCCUGGACGAGGUGAUCUUCGUAGAGCUGCAGAGCGAGGAGGCCGACACACUCAUCAAGCAAUACAACGAGGAGGGCCGAAAAGCCGGCCCGCCGCCUGAAAAGCGAUUCGAUAAUCGUCCCGGAGGCUUCCGUGGCCGCGGGUUCCAGCGCUACGAGCACCAAGGCGCAUCCCAGGGGACACGAGGUUCUUACCAGAACCGUGGCAACCUUGGAGGAGGAGGUGGCUAUCGUGGAGCCUACAACCGUGGUGGGUUCAGCCAGAACCGCUGGGGGAACAACUACAGGGAUUCAGGCAGCCGUGGAGGCUAUAACCGUAACCCGCAGUCAGGAGGCAGCUACAACCACAACCGCCAGGCCUCCUACAACAAAGGAGGCAGUGGAGCCAGCGGUAGCUACAGUCAGUCCCAGGUAACAAACAAGCCUCAGAACUACAGUCAAGGUUACAACCAAAGUUACAACCAAGGCAACUACAGCCAGGGCUACAACUAUGGGAACUACAGCCAGUACCCAAGUUACAACCAGGGUUAUAGCCAGACACCUGCAGUCACGGGCCAGACAUACAAUCAGCAGCAGCCGCAGCAGCAACAGCCGCAGCAGCAGGCGCAGCAGCAGCCGCAGAGUUACAAUCAGCAGUACCAGCAGUACGCUCAGCAGUGGCAGCAGUAUUACCAGAACCAGAGUCAAUGGAACCAGUACUACAACCAGUACGGAAAUUACGGCAACUACCAGCAGGGCCAGGGCUCACAGCAGUAGCUGUAUUCACCCGUGGCUCUUCCAAAUCAUUCCAUUAACUCUAUUUUUUCAGCCUAAUUUUUUUACUAGUCUCCUUUACCUUUACCCAGUCUUCCUUUUUUUUUUUUUCUCAGACCACUCUCCUCAUUCGAAAAUUUAGCUUUUACUCUCUAACUGCCUCAUUUUUAGAAUUUACUGGAUUUUUUUUUCAAACAGCUCAUCACAAUUGGGUUUUCAGUUUUUGAGGCAGAAUUCUGCUUUGCUUUUUGUAUUUCCUAACGCACACCGAGGCAUCGACAAGUAGCGUCGUGUAAAUUAGUUUCAGAUCCUGCACGCACAGAUUCAUGCUCGAAUGCUUUGUAAUUGCAGACACAAUUACACUGAAAUAAUUCAGAUUCGAGUUUUGUAGUAUCGAAAUUUGCAAUGCUCAUUUUUUUGUUAGUUUUUUUUAUCAUAAUUAUUCGGGGGUAAAAAGAGUCAUUUUCAUUCGCCUUGUUUCAAACGUGUAGCUACAUAUAUGGUUUUGAAAACACAAUUGUAUCUAAUAGGUGAAAAUUUAAAGACCCAAACUUUUCAUAAAUUAAAAUAAAAUCAUACCUGAAGAUUGAUACCUGAAUGUUUUAUACCAUUCUUAUGUCUUAAAACUUUUCUUCUUGUAUCUACAGUUUAGUGAGCACUCUGUGGUUGUAAGUUUUUAUACCUUGUACCAUGUUUGUAAAACUGUAUUGGCAUGGUUUUAUUUUUUGUCAGAUCAAAGCUAAUUUUUUUUGUAUUUGAGAAUAUAAUAUGAAACAAAAGUA